UUAUGGCCGACGCGAAGGAUUGAUUCCGUCAAUGAGGGGAGAGAGAGGGCGGAAAUCUUGUUUGGUUUUUGAAAAAGGGGGGAAGGAGGAGGUCGGUGGUGUUUUCAGGCAGGCGGGAGUGGUGGCCAUGGCCGGUGGCCAAACCUUAGUGGCCGCGUGCGCCGGCGACACGGUGAAGAUCUUUGAUACCGCCGUCGACUGCGGCGAUCCCUGCACUCUACAGUACUCUCCCUCCCCGGGCUUCUCCGUCAACUCCGUCAAAUGGAACCAUACCAAUUUAGUUGUGGCAAGUGCUGGAGAUGAUAAGAAAAUUUCAUUAUGGAGAAAAAAUGGACAAAGUUUGGGUACAAUACAACCUUCUACCAGUGAUAUUGGAGAUAACAUUGAUGAGUCAAUCCUCUCUAUAAGCUUUAGCAACAAAAGUUCUAGGUAUGUCUGCACUGGGGGUAGCGCUGGAGUUGUUAGAAUAUGGGAUUUGCAAAGAAAACGGUGCAUCAAAUGGUUGAGGGGUCACACAGGUACAAUAACAGGAGCUGCAUACACUUGCAAGGAUGAACAUUUGGCAUCUAUUAGCGUGAAAGGGGAUCUAAUUCUCCAUAAUCUUGUUUCCGGUGCCCGGACUGCAGAACUUAAGGAUCCAAAUGGACAGGUAUUGAGAGUGCUUGAUUAUUCUCGAACUAGCAGGCAUCUUUUGGUGACAGCAGGUGAUGAUGGAUCCAUACUUUUGUGGGACACGAAUGGACGUAAUAGGAAGGCUUCUUGGCUGAAGCAGCAUUCAGCACCCACUACUGGUGUUUGCUUCUCACCAACGAAUGACAAGAUAAUUGCUACAUGUGGCUUGGAUAAGAAAAUAUAUACUUUUGACACUGGCAGUAAAAGGGUAUCAUCUGUUGCUUCUUUUGAGGCACCAUUCUCAUCCUUGGCAUUCAAAGAUGAUGGUCGGAUCCUGGCAGCUGGAACAAAUGGUGGCUCCAUAGUAUUUUAUGAUGUUCGUGGGAAGCUGCAGCCUGUCAAUUUGCUUCGUGCUUAUAACAGUUCAGAGGCCGUCACAAGUAUAUGCUGGCAGAGGUCUAAGCCAGUUCUAGUAAAUGAGAGCAAUUGUACCAUGGAGUCUGCUCUUCUGGGAGACUGUGGAGAAGAUUCAGUUCUCAUGCCAGAUCCACGUCCCUCCUCAUCUGCUCCUGCCUCUGCAACUGCUGUUGGUUUGCGCAAUUCUGGACGUUCUGCUUCAGGCAGUGAUACCUCUUCUCUACCUAUUAACAGUGGGGUAACCAUGUCUGCAUCACAUCCUUCAACUGUAGAAGAGACUCCUGUGAGGACUCGUCUAGGUGGAGCUUUACCAUGGCUACAAGCAGUGCGGACUGAAUACAAUCUUAAGGAUGAUAUGGAAGUUUUUUCUCCGCUUGUGGAUGUUCAGCCGAUUACACCAUCACUUUCCAGCUGGCAUGAUGAUCGUGAUGAUGCAAAAAUUGAUUACUUGUUAAAUGAUAAAAAAUCAUCAUUGCUGCUGCCCUCUACAUCUUCCAAAAGACAUGCUUACACUGAGGGUGGAGAAGAUAUACAUACUGUAUUGGAUGUAAAAUCAGAGGUCUCAUAUAGACAAGAGGAUACUUCACAAUCAACUGUGACACCUUUAGCAACUCUGCAUAGUGAUCAAUCACAUUCUGCCACUCCUCCUGAAGAUUGGGGAGCAGAUGGAUUAUCUGAUAUGCUCAGCUAUCGUCAUCGACGAUCAGAACUUGCUUCAUUAAAUACCCUACCAACUGGGUCAUCGGCACCUGGCGGAAAGCUGCCUUCCAACGUCCAAGGUUUGCAGGAUCCAGCUUCUGUAAACCUGCCUUCUACAGGUCCCAAUCCGCAUGCAAGCUUCACAGCUUUUCAGUCUCAGGGAAAAGAUAUCUCUAGCCGUGAGACAGCUUCCUUCCCUUCCGAAAUACCAUCCUCUGGUGUCAGUACUGUCUCUACAGCGGGGCCAAACCUUUCCAAAAUGGUUUUGGGACAAGCAAAUUAUGAUUUGCCCAGCUCCUUGUCAUUGAAUCUGUCAAGAAAAAAUUCGUAUCUAGAGAGGAUAAUUGCUAGCCGUUCUUCUAGUGCUGGAGCUACGCCUACUGUGGGUUCGCCCAAACUGAAAAAGACUGGAACAGAAACACGGGAGGAGCUGGUGAACAGUUUGUUCUCCGAGGCCACCUCCACUGCAGGGAGCAUUCCUACGACAGCAAGUGCCACUACUGUGGGGAAUAUCUCUACAACAUCAAAUGGAGUACACCCACAUCCACCAAAGAAUGUGACUUCGGCUGAUGAACUGCAUGGUACCUCCCCAUUCUCUCUUCAGCUUGUCCAGCAUGCUAUUAAAGAGACUCUUGGAUCUCUGAAUAGAUCGAACCAUGAAGAUGUGAGGAACCUUCAUAUUGAGCUGCUACGGCAAUUUCAUAUGCUGGAGACAAGAACAACCAACCUGAUAAACACUGUUCUGGAAAAUCAAAUGGAGAUCAUGAAGAAGUUAGAAACCCUUCAAAAAGAAAACCAGCAGCUACGUCGGCUACUUUAAGCAUCUGCAGUUUUCUGUAUUCAAGUUAUUUGUUUACAUUUUCCUGUGUUUUUAUGCUUUGAUGUAGAUAAAAUAUCAAUAUUUCCAUAAGAAUGGCCAUCAAGGAUAGGAAUGAAGAAUCCGGAUGGAAGAUGCCGUCAUUCUGUUGUACCAGUUGCUGUUACGUUGUCCACAUUAUUUCAUGUGUUAUCACUGUAUUCAUUGCACUCCUUGUAAAAUUAAUCAUCCUGAUGUAGGAGUGUUCAGGCCCUUUUCCUUUCUAGGCAGAGAUUUUGUUUCCCUAAACUAGUUGUUCUAGCAUCUCCAAGUUUAUAUGGAUUAACAAAUUUCUGAUGUGAUAAACAGAUGAGAGAUGAAACGGCUGAAUCCUGGAUCACUCUUUCUUGGAGUCUUACGUUCAACUUUGUGAAAAAUGACCUUUCUGGACUGUCACUUCUUCGUAGGCCGUGGUCUGUGCCCUUGGCCCCAGGGUAAGGCAUGCUAUGGCUUGUGCAAGACAGAUGACGUCCAUGGGGUAUAGCUGUGGCGUUCUCGCUGUAGCAGCAUUGGCCUGAACCAUGAUGCUGAACCCCCUUGAGACGGACAAUUGCAUUUUAAAACAAGACGGUUGAAUGUGCUGUACUACCAAACAGCAUACUUUGCAGCAACUUUACUACUGUUGGUGGAAUUCCAACUAAUUUCCUCAUUUA